AUGAACCCAGUAAGAGUGUUUCCUAUAAAAUUUAAUGAGUCACAAUAAUAAUCAAACAAUCAAUAAUCAAGUGCAAGUUCUCCAAUGCUAAAGAAAAAAUAAGGAUAAUAACAGCCAUCAGAAAGAUCAAAUGUAAUAAAUAUGUCUCCCGUGAUAAAUGGGCAAUAACAAAAUAAGAGUAAAAUGCAACUGAAGAGAUAUUAAACUAUAAGCAAUGGAAUAUAAGAUGAUAAAGUGAAAAUAAUCCAACAAUAAAGAUUAUCUUAAGGACAGCCUAUUAGUUAUUCUCCAAAGAAAAGAGUGAUAAGUUCAAAUUAUUAAGAAGUACCAUCUCCUACAAAAUUACCAAAUUUAAAAAAAGCAGAGAAUACAUCAAGUUAGGAUAUUUUAUAAAAAAUCGAUUUAGGAUUAGCCCAAAAAAGAAGUAAAAGAACAGAUGCCAGCAAUGAAGUAACUCCAUCGAGCAGAGCAUAAAUAAUCAAAUUACUUUAAGAUACUUCACCUAAACAGAAAGUUAAUAACUCAAGAGCAAAAGUGGAAUCUCAAACGAUUGAGUAGGACACAAGCAUAAAACCAAGGAUGCCUUAAUAAAUGGUUAUGUUACAUGGAAGAUCAACGAGUUAGGCAACAUUAGUAAAUAAUCAAACUAAUGAAUAAGAAAUGCAAGAUUAUGUUUAAUUGUUCUUUUCAAAGUCUCAAGCUGGGUAAAAUGGAAAUGGCUAAACAAAAACCAAUUAAGAUAGUGUUAUAAUUACAAAUAAUUUAGGGGGAAUCAAAAACAGGUAUAUUUUCUCAGUUUGUGAUGGGCAUGGUGUCUAUGGUCAUUAUGUUUCUUAAUUAAUUAAAACCUUUAUAGGGAAAUAAGAAUAAGAUAUAAGUGAAGUUUUGAAUUCAAGUUUUAGUAAAAUGACAAAGGAUUUGUAGAACUCUGGAAUUGAUAUUACAUUUAGCGGAACAACUUGUUCAUUGGUCUUCCUUUCCGGACCUCAUUUGUGGUGUGCAAAUAUUGGCGAUUCAAGAUCUAUCUUUAUUGAAUAACAAAAUUUCAAUAAAUGGCAUCUAGUAGAACUAUCCAAUGAUCAUAAACCUGAUUUACCUUCUGAGUUUAAGAGAAUUAUUUCAAAUAGAGGAAGAGUUGAACCUUAUAUGACAGAAACAGGAGAGAAAAUAGGACCAGCAAGAGUUUGGUUAUAACACGAACAAAUUCCAGGUUUAGCUAUGAGUAGAUCAUUUGGGGAUCAUGUUGCUUCAACGGUAGGAGUGAGUUCAGAACCUGAGAUUAUUCAUCACAAAAUGGAUGCCAAUUGUGCAUUUCUAGUAGUAGCGAGUGAUGGAGUGUGGGAGUUCUUUUCAAAUGAAGAGAUCUAAAAAAUCGUAAUUUCUUAUUGGAGUCCAAACAUGACAGCUAAAAAGAUAGAUGAGAUUUGUGAUAUCAUUGUUAGAGAAUCAACUAAAAGAUGGUAAGAAGAAGAUGAAGUUAUCGAUGACAUAUCUAUUGUUAUUGCUUAUCUCCAUAGAUAAUGAAAUUAUCUAUUCAUGUAAUGCACAUCAAUUUUUUCUUUAUUUUAAAUU